AUGGCUCCCAUCCCCACCACCAUGAAGGCCGUUGCCAUUGCCAAGAACGGCGGCCCCGAGGUUCUCGAGCUCAAGGACGUGCCGGUGCCGCAGCCCGCCGCCGACGAGAUCCUCGUGCGCAACCGCCUCGCGGGCGUAAACUACAUUGACACCUACUUCCGCUCCGGGCAGUACCCGUCGCCCUCGUUCCCGCGCAUCCUCGGCCAGGACGGCGCCGGCGAGGUCGUCGCCGUGGGUGCCUCCGCGCAGCCCCAACACGCCCUCGGCAGCACCGUCGUCUUCAUGAGCGGCACCGGCACCUACGCCGAGUACUCGACCGUCAAGGCCGCGUCGGCCGUCGCCCUCCCCGCGGGCGUGGCCGCCGAGGACGCCGUCGCCGUCUACCUCCAGGGCCUCACGGCGUGGACCUUUAUCCGCCGCGCGGCGCUCACGCAGGCCGGCGAGUGGGCUUUCGUGCACGCGGCCGCCGGCGGCGUCGGGUCGCUGCUCGUGCAGCUCCUCAAGAUUGUCGGCGCCAAGGUCAUCGCCACCGCCAGCUCCGAGGAGAAGCUCAAGAUUGUGGAGGGCCUCGGCGCCGACCACGUCAUCAACUCCAACGACGACUGGGUGAGCAAGGCCAAGGAGAUUACGGGCGGGCACGGCGUCGACAGCAUCUACGACGGCGUCGGCAAGGCCACGUUCAAGCAGGACCUGGAAUUGAUUGCCGUGGGCGGCAGCUUGGUCAUGCUGGGCAAUGCUUCGGGCAACGUCGAGCCUUUUGAUAUUCGAUCAACUCUCGGACCCAAGAACAUCAGACUCUCACGUCCCAUCCUCUUUGGCUACCUCCAGAAACGCGAGGCGUUGGACAAGUACGCCGGCGAGGUGUUUGACUUUGUUCGCUCCGGCAAGCUCAAAGUGCUCCACCACGCCACCUACGACCUCAAGGACGUCGCCAAGGCGCACACUGACAUUGAGAGCCGAAAGACGGUUGGAAAGCUUCUCAUCAAAAUUAAUUGA